AUGGACAGCAGUUGGGAAUUUGUGAUGUCAGCAAUGCUGUCAAUAUAUCUGAUCAAAAAUUACAAACCAUUAAUUUAUUAUUUAAAAUUUAAUUAUUUCUGUGGAAGUUUAACAACAAUCGUGACAAUUCUAAUUCCAUAUUUCAUGUUGAAGCCUAGAAAUGUUUUAAAUUUUCUAGUUUGCUGUGCCGGUUGUAAGCACAUUUCAAAGGUUAUUGGAAUUAAAUGGACACUUCGUGGUGCAGAAAAUCUAAGCAAAGAUCGAACAUGUGUCUUUGUUGCAAAUCAUCAAUCAAGCUUAGACAUCCAAGGAAUGAUAGAUGUGUGGCCAGUAAUUAAGAAAAUGACUGCAAUUGCUAAACGGGAACUUUUAUUUGCUGGUCCAUUUGGAAUUUCAAUGUUCCUUGCUGGAUUGACUUUCAUUAAUCGACAAGCAGGAGAAAAGGCGGGACAAGAAAUGAUCAACAUGAUGGAAGAUUUAAAAAAGAAAAAUAUCAAGUUGUGGGUGUUCCCUGAGGGCACACGACGAAACACUGGAGAAAUUCAUCAAUUUAAGAAAGGAGCCUUUUACACAGCGAUUCAAGCUCAAGUUCCAAUCGUUCCAGUUGUUUUCAGUUCAUACAAACCAUUCUUAGACAGCGAGAAAAAGAUUUUCAAUAAGGGUGAAGUCAUCAUCACAGCACUACCAGAAGUGUCUACAAAAAACUUAACAGUGAAUGACGUUGAUGAUCUUAUAAAGCAAGUACGUGAUUCGAUGAUUUCAGUUUACGUGAAAACAUCGAAGGAAAUAACAACAAAAAUGUUAAAGUUCAAAGAAGAUUGA